AUGCUCAGACGUAAUGCUCUCCUGUCCGACAGGACCGCCAAGUAUGUCUCCCUUGCCAUCGGUAUCAUCGUCAUGGCCCUGUCCGGCUCCCUCUUCUCAUUUGCCUCUCUUGGCACAGACCUCAAGGCCCGGUUCGGCUUCACCUCCUCCAACAUCAACCUGCUCGCCGCCAUUGGAGACACUGCCAUGUACGUUGGCUUCCUCAUCGUUGGUCCUAUCUACGACCACUACGGUGAACGCUGGACUUUGAUCGCGGCCUCUGUCCUGACCUUCUUGGGCUACGGUGGUAUGUACAUCGCCUAUGCCAAAGCGUGGGGCGGCCUGGGAUUCCUCAUGGUCCUCUACUGCCUCGCCGGUAUGGCUUCUACUGCUGGAUAUCUGGCUGCGCUCGCUGCCAACAUGGCCAAUUUCUCAGCCGCCACUUCUGGCACUGUCUCGGGCGUCCUGCUCGCCUUCUUCGGCCUUUCUGCGACCCUCUUCUCCCAGGUCAAGACCCAUCUAUUCUCGGGCGAGAAUGAACCCCCUACCGCAACUGGGGAACUCAAGGGUUCCAGGGCCACCCAGAACUACCUGCUUUUCCUGACCAUCAUCACUACCGUCAUCUACGUAAUCGCCGCCAUCUUCAUGGUCAAGGUUAACAAGCCCGCUGUCAAAACCCUCGACUCUGGCUCUUCCUCAAACACGACCAUUAACCAUGAUCUGUCCGAGAAGCAAGCGACUGUUUCAGUCGAUACUGCCUCUCCUGCUCAGGCCCUGUCGCGUAACACGACCUUUACGCCCUCGAUGUUCAACGGUCGUGAGCCUGGGCUGCGUCUAGAGGACUGGAACCAGUCAAGCGCAACUCUCGACAAGCAGCCUGCGACUCCCGAAUCAGCUCACCACAUCCCUGGUGACCAUAUCCUCGAAGACACCGCUCCUCCUGCGCCUGCUGCCGCCCCUGUGACAACCACUGAUCCUACGAAGGCUACCUUCAAUCCAUACUUGACUUCGGUCGACAUGAAGCCCAAGCAGCUGCUCUUCGAGUCAACCUUCUGGUUCUUUGUCAUCGCCCAGGUUUCCCAGCAAGGUUUCUCGUACAUCAAUAACGUUGAUUCCAUCAUCCACGCCAUCCUCGACCCUAUGGACCCCAGCACUGUGACCCGCUCGGUUUCCUUGACAGGUCUCCAUGUAACCCUCAUCUCGAUCGGCAACUGCCUGGGUCGUCUUGCCUCGGGUAUCGUCUCUGACUGGGUGAUCGCGCGCUAUCGCAUCUCGCGCUCCAUCUUCUUCUUCGUCUCCGAGGCGCUCAUUCUGAUCCCACUGUUGAUCAUGGGCUUCUCCAAGCCUGUGGUCUCGCUGGCCGGCCUCAUCAUCAGCUCCUGCUUGAUCGGUGCUACCUACGGUGCCACUGGUGCGCUCUUUGCAUCGAUGACACGCGACUUUUUCGGAAACAAGUACUACGGCAGCGCCUGUGGCAUGGUCAUGGUGUUGAACGGUGCUAACCCAUUCAUCGCCAACCAGUUGUAUGGUCUCUUUUAUGACCGUGCUGUGAAGAAUAUGCCUCCUGCGCCUGUUGGCAGUGUGCUUGAGGACCAUAUGACGUGUGUGGGCAGCUCCUGCUACGACUCGAGUUUCAAGAUCGCGUCGCUGCUGCAGUUGGUGUGUAUUCUUUCUGCAGGAUUACUGUUUUGGGCGCACAUGAAGAAGGGCAAGAAACUGAUGCAGAAGAUGAUGACCACUGAAACUGUAUAA